AAGCUUUGAAUCUUUUCCCGAAACAGAGGAAAGUCUCGGUGCUUCACGAGGCUUCAUUUGCCUGUCACUCCUGUCAAAUGUUGAAUGAAUGAGUAUCACGCCCCGCUUGUUUACUUUGAACCGGAAGACGCUCCCACUUUUGACGCAAGGCCUCACGGGGCGUAGGAAACUUGUGGAUAAGCGGAAAAACAACUGACUUAAAAUCAAUGGACAUGGCAACACAUGCUCUAGUCAACGCCCUCUUUGCGGCAUUGGCCAAUCAGCUUUCGGAGCUGGUUUUGGUUUCUACGCGAUGCUUACAAACAACUCGUUGCUAUGAAAAACAGAUGCAAGUCGCUGCUGUCUUACAAGACGACAAAAUAGUGCAUAUUAUACUAUACUAUAUAGUAUACAUACAAACGUACUUUAUACAUUUAUAUUAGCCUUCAGUUAAAUGCUAAAGAAGAACUUAACUACAACUUCGUAUUUAAAAUAACCUUAAAACGAGAUGCCUCCUCCUGAAACAAUGUACUGCGCCCAACAGAUCAACAUCCCUACAGAGCUGCCUGAUAUUUUAAAGCAGUUCACAAAAGCUGCAAUCAAGACGCAGCCACAUGAUGUGCUGCAAUGGGCAGCUGACUAUUUUUCAGCAUUAUCAAAAGGUCAGGACCUACCAGUAAAGGAGAGGCUGGAAAUGCCGGUGGCAACUCAGAAAACAGACACAGGACUUACACCAGGCCUUCUAGAGAGCCUUCAUCAACAUUUCGCACCUAAAGACAUCAUUACAAAAGAGGAGCUUCUUCAGAAGUGGAAAGGACUGCGCUUGCCUAUUGAACAACUUGACACAAUUCUUGCUCUUGGGAACUUCAGUGAAAAUAUCAAUUGGAUGCAGUUUUUUGCUUUAGGAUGCAGUGCUUUGGGUGGGACCAUCACAAGUGCUUUGAAACAUGCAUGUGAAAUACUCACAGAGGACUCUGAGGGUGGUGCAGCCCAGAUUCCUUUCGACACAUUUCAGAGUCUGUACACAUACUUGGCCCAUCUGGAUGGAGAAAUUCCUAAAGAACAGAUCGACAGCUUCUUGCAUAGCUUAGAAGAGAAUGCAGAAUGCCAAGGAGGAAUGGUGCAACCUUCAAAUUUUACAAGCCUCCGUAGUGCUGAGAAGUAGAGUAAAAUCCAGUACAAACAGUCCUCAGGUGGUGAUAUCUCAAAACAUGUUUGAAAACUAUUGAUCCUAGUUACUGUGUCUUGUGUUUGCCCUUUUUAUUCUGUAUAUUUUGAUGUGACUAUUGAACCCAAGUAAAUUUUGAAUCUCAAAUCUAGGUAUAUGUUGUGAAAGUGAAAGAAAUAUAAAACAAGGCCACUGGAAUAUUAGGUGCUUAUCUGAGCAUAAUAAACUUUUAGUUUUGUUUGCAAUUGCGAAAUUUCCCUUUGAUACUGCAUUCUGGGGUUUUCAAAACCCCAUUACCUCACUUACCAUUGUGGUUUCACGCACUUCUGUUUAAAAGAAACCAUAUUCUGUAUAUACCUCAAAAUCUCACACAAUUUUUUUACACUUAA